UCCCAGUCCACAACACGGGAGCGGCGGCUUCACGCUGUGUACAGCGGUAGGGAAUUAUUUUGAUAAUUGAGUGAACCGGUAGCAGUUGUGGGUAACCUGAAACGUUUUGCUGUGAGGUGAUCAGGGAUGGACUGUGUGCUCUGAAGAAGCUGGGAACACGAGGCUAGUUAAGGAACUAGAGGCUAGUUCCAAAGCUCUGUGAGAAGCCACGAGGAAGUUAGUUCCUUGUGAGUCAUGAGGUUGUCAGCCCCCUUGAGAGGAGCCCUAAAGUUGCCAACCCUCUGUGAGAAGCCUUGAGGUUGCUAGUCCCUGUGAGAAGCCCUGAGGUUGCUAGCCCCUGUGAGAAGCCCUGAGGUUGCUGGCCCCUGUGAGAAGCCCUGAGGUUGCUAGCUCCUGUGAGAAGCCCUGAGGUUGCUAGCUCCUGUGAGAAGCCCUGAGGUUGCUAGCUCCUGUGAGAAGCCCUGAGGUUGCUAGUCCCUGUGAGAAGCCCUGAGGUUGCUGGCUCCUGUGAGAAGCCCUGAGGUUGCUAGCUCCUGUGAGAAGCCCUGAGGUUGCUGGCCCCUGUGAGAAGCCCUGAGGUUGCUAGCUCCUGUGAGAAGCCCUGAGGUUGCUGUCUCCUGUGAGAAGCCCUGAGGUUGCUAGCUCCUGUGAGAAGCCCUGAGGUUGCUGGCCCCUGUGAGAAGCCCUGAGGUUGCUGGCCCGUGUGAGAAGCCCUGAGGUUGCUGGCUCCUGUGAGAAGCCCUGAGGUUGCUAGCUCCUGUGAGAAGCCCUGAGGUUGCUGGCCCCUGUGAGAAGCCCUGAGGUUGCUGGCCCCUGUGAGAAGCCCUGAGGUUGCUAGCCCCUGUGAGAAGCCCUGAGGUUGCUAGCCCCUGUGAGAAGCCCUGAAGUUGCUAGCCCCCUAUGAAAAGCCCUGAGGUUGCUAGCCCCUGUGAGAAGCCCUGAGGUUGCUAGCCCCUGUGAGAAGCCCUGAGGUUGCUAGCCCCUGUGAGAAGCCCUGAGGUUGCUAGCCCCUGUGAGAAGCCCUGAGGUUGCUAGCCCCUGUGAGAAGCCCUGAGGUUGCUAGCUCCUGUGAGAAGCCCUGAGGUUGCUAGCCCCUGUGAGAAGCCCUGAGGUUGCUAGCCCCUGUGAGAAGCCCUGAAGUUGCUAGCCCCUGUGAGAAGCCCUGAAGUUGCUAGCCCCUGUGAGAAGCCCUGAGGUUGCUAGCCCCUGUGAGAAGCCCUGAGGUUGCUAGCCCCUGUGAGAAGCCCUGAAGUUGCUAGCCCCUGUGAGAAGCCCUGAGGUUGCUAGCCCCUGUGAGAAGCCCUGAGGUUGCUAGCCCCUGUGAGAAGCCCUGAAGUUGCUAGCCCCUGUGAGAAGCCCUGAAGUUGCUAGCCCCCUAUGAAAAGCCCUGAGGUUGCUAGUCCCUGUGAAAAGCCCUGAGAUUGCAAGCCCCUGAGAGAAGUCAUGAGGGUGCCAGCCCUCUGUGAGAAGCCCUGAGAUUGCCAACUCCUUGUGAAAAGCCCUGAGGGGGGCCAUCUCUCCAUGAGGAACCCCAAGCCAGCAAUCUGUGAUUGCGACCUUCAGUGGCGCCACCAAAGUCUAAAAGAUUCCUGACUAGCACAAGCCGUUGUAAUUCCAAUACUUGAUAUUUCCUGUCUGUACAAGUUUGUGAUUCACUGCCAAGAUGAAGGACCAGUAUCGUGAGACUGAUGUUGUCCGCAACAUCCUGGAAAUUCAGUUUGGAGUGCUGUCAGCACAGGACAUGCAACAGCUGAGUCAUGCACAUGUUGUGUCUUCAGAACUGUACAGCUCUACAGUGGGCUCCCGUCAGCCAGCUCCCCAUGGAGUGCUUGACCGCCGCAUGGGUACUAGCCAAAAAGAUGUAACGUGUGAAACCUGUGCUAAAAACCUUACGGACUGUAUAGGCCACUACGGCUACCUGGAUCUUGCCAGACCUGUCUUUCAUGUUGGCUACUUCAAAAACACGAUUCAUAUUCUUCAAAACAUUUGCAAAACCUGUGCAUAUGUUUUGCUGAAACCUAAGGACAAACCUGGCUUGUGUGAACAAGCCAAAAGAAUCAAUUCAUAUCUCCAGAAGAAAGCUCUCUAUAAACGGAUUAAUGAACUAUGUAAGAAGGUGUCAUUGUGCGCCUACUGCGGGGCCCAGAACGGCAUAGUGAAGAAGCUCCCUCCACUCAAAAUUUUACAUGAAAGGUUUAGGAGUGUGAAGAAGGGCGACCCUAUCCUUACGAAUUAUUUUUCCCAGUUUGACACGGCGUUAGAAUACAACAAGGAGCUGGAGGCACAGUUGUCUUCAAAUGUUAUUGAGUUUCUCAACCCUAGUCAAGUUUUGGACCUGUUUGAGAGGAUCCCUCUGGCUGACCUGCCUCUGCUGUGUAUGGACCAGCAGUUUUCACACCCUAAGGAUCUUAUACUUACUCGUCUUUUGGUUCCGCCGAAUUGUAUUCGUCCGUCUGUUAUAUCAGAACUGAAAUCUGGCACGAACGAAGACGACAUCACAGUGAUGUUGACAGAAAUCAUCUUCCUGAACAACCUAAUCAACAAGCGUAGUUCAGGGAAGGUUCAGAGUAUUCAAGACUCCUGGGAGCACCUGCAACUUCACGUUGCAUUUAUCAUGAACUCUGAAAUUUCCGUGCCACAUGAUUUAAGUAUGGCGAGAAAGACUACACGAGGUUUUGUUCAACGGCUGAAGGGUAAACAAGGUCGUUUUAGGGGUAAUCUGUCUGGAAAGCGAGUGGAUUUCUCCAGUCGAACUGUGAUAUCACCGGAUCCUAAUCUAAGAAUUAACGAGGUUGGAGUUCCAAUAGAGGUGGCUAAACAGCUGACAUACCCAGAGAAAGUUACAGCACAUAACAUAACACUGAUGAGGCAGCUGGUCAAGAAUGGUCCUGACGUUCACCCUGGGGCUCUGUUUGUCGAGCCUCGGUCAACUCCCGGCAUCAAGAAGUCCCUAAGAUACGUCCACAGGGCGAGAAUGGCCACGGAACUCCGACAAGGAGACAUCAUUGAGAGGCAUUUAAUUGAUGGGGAUAUUGUCCUGUACAACCGUCAGCCGUCUCUGCAUAAAAUGAGCAUUAUGUCACAUCGGGUGCGUGUCUUACCGUGGAGAACCUUCAGGUUUAAUGAGUGCGUGUGCACACCAUACAAUGCAGAUUUUGAUGGUGAUGAGAUGAACCUUCAUGUGCCACAGACGGAGGAGGCACGAGCUGAAGCUCUGAUGUUGAUGGGGGUAACCUCCAACCUCGUAACCCCAAGACACGGCGCUCUGAUCAUCGGUGCUACACAGGAUUUCCUCACAGGAUCAUACCUCAUCACCCAAAAGGACCAGUUUUUUGACAAGGAGCACACCUGUGCCCUGAUAACGUCCAUUCUGGCUGGCAAAGAAUCUGUAUAUAGAAUUGACCUUCCACCACCAGCCAUAAUGAAGCCUAAGCAGCUAUGGACGGGGAAGCAGAUAUUUAGUGCCAUAAUACGACCCAAUAAGGAUUUCCCCGUCGAAUGCAACCUGACGACAAAGAGAAAAGACUACACACGAGGAGAAGAACUAUGCUCCAAUGAAGCUUAUGUGAUCAUGAGAAACUCGGAGCUUCUCGCCGGUGCUCUUGACAAGUCACUUUUGGGCUCCGGUUCCAAAAAGAAUAUCUUCUAUGUCAUUUUGAAGGAUUAUGGAAAGGACCAUGCUGCAGAUGCCAUGUGGAGAGUAGCAAGACUCUCCACACUCUUCCUCAUGAAUAGAGGCUUCUCUAUUGGUAUCGGAGACGUCAUGCCAGGAUCUGGGCUGCUCACCAGAAAACAAGAAUUGCUUGACGAUGGAUAUGGUAAAUGUGAUGAAUUCAUCUCACAGCUUAAGGAAGGAACGCUCCAGUGCCAACCAGGCUGUACGGCAGAGGAAACCCUGGAACAGCUCAUUCUUAAAGAACUGAGUACUAUUCGUGACAAAGCUGGCAAAGCGUGUGUGAUGGAGCUGCACAAGACUAAUGCGGCGCUCAUCAUGGCCAUCUCUGGAUCCAAGGGCUCAUUUAUCAACAUCUCCCAGAUGAUUGCGUGUGUGGGCCAGCAGGCCAUCGGUGGCAAGAGAGUUCCAAAUGGUUUUGAUGAUCGUGCUCUUCCUCACUAUGAAAGGCAUUCCAAGAUACCCGCUGCAAAGGGGUUUGUUAGUAACAGUUUUUUCUCUGGAAUGACACCUACUGAGUUCAUCUUUCAUACCAUGGCUGGGCGAGAGGGUUUGGUUGACACGGCUGUCAAAACAUCCGAAACGGGCUACAUGCAGCGGCGUCUGGUGAAGUCGCUGGAGGACCUGUAUGUGGCAUAUGACAUGACUGUUCGUAAUUCAACGCAAGACAUUAUACAGUUCAAAUAUGGCGGUGAUGGGCUUGACCCCACUGAGCUGGAGGGCAACACUGGACCUAUUGACCUAGAGCGUGUCCUUGAUCACACCCGAGCCAAGAACCCAUUUCCGGAGGAAGAUCCCCUCACGGGCACUGAAAUCCUUCAGCUGGCAGAGAAAUACCUGGCAGAAGAUGCAUUUAAGGAGCUAUCAGAUGAGUUCAAAGACGAGCUAAAGACAUUCAUGGAAAAAUUCUCCAAGAGAGUUGACAAGAUUCGAUCCCGCCUAUCAAAAGCUACGGGUCGCAAGUCUCAUCCAGUAGAGCGACACAUAGAGCGCCUGACCUUUACUCAGUUGAUCCAUUUCCUCAACUCAUGUCUGGAUCGGUAUCAGGCGGCAGUGAUGGAGCCAGGAACUGCCGUUGGUGCUCUCUGUGCACAGAGUAUUGGUGAGCCAGGAACGCAGAUGACAUUGAAGACCUUCCAUUUUGCUGGUGUGGCUGCCAUGAACAUCACCCUCGGUGUGCCACGUAUAUUGGAAAUCAUCAACGCAUCACGCAGUAUCUCGACUCCGAUUAUUACGGCCAAACUUAAGGAUGACACUGAUCCAGAGAAAGCCAGGCAGGUUAAAGGUCGCGUCGAGAAGACGUUAUUGGGUGAAGUGUGCAACUACGUGGAGGAAGUCUUCCUGCCGGACGACUGCUUCCUUCUCUUGAAGCUUGCAAUGGACCGUAUAAGACUACUAAAGCUGGAGGUUGAUGCUCAUUCUAUUAAAUACUCCAUCUGCACCUCAAAACUAAAGGUAAAAGAAUCGGAUGUUCGUGUCGAGUCUGAUACGAUCAUCACAGUUAGACCCUCCAUCACGAAGGCGUCUGCAAUGUACUACCAGCUGCAGCAUUUGAAACAACACAUUACCAAAGUAAUCAUCAAGGGUUUGCCUUCAGUGAAUCGUGCUGUUAUUAAUCAAAAUGACACUGGACCUGGAGGAAUUAAUCGCUAUGAGUUGCUGGUAGAGGGAGACAAUCUACGGGAGGUCAUUGCUACCUAUGGUGUCGCUGGAACCCGCUGUACUUCCAACAAUACGUAUGAAGUGUUCACAUGUCUUGGCAUUGAAGCUGCAAGACUAACUAUCAUUAGGGAAAUUACAAUAACGAUGGAAACUCAUGGUCUGAGUGUUGAUCGGCGGCACGUGAUGCUCCUGGCUGACCUGAUGACUUCCCGUGGCCAGGUACUGGGGAUCACUCGACAUGGACUCUCCAAAAUGAAGGAAUCUGUCCUUAUGCUUGCCUCUUUUGAGAAAACUGCAGAUCACUUGUUUGACGCAGCGUAUCAUGGUCAGAGUAACCCCAUCAAGGGCGUCAGUGAUUGCAUCAUAAUGGGGAAGCCCAUGAAUAUUGGUACAGGCGUGUUUAAGCUUCUCCACAGUCACCGGAGGGAACCGAAGCCCAGAAUGCGCACCCUCUUGUUCGAUCACCCGGAAAUGCAUAUUCCUAUGCCUAUCAGUGGAUGGGCCUAGUUACAUAUUGUAUAAUGUAAUGUAUAUAAUUUUUGAAUAGUAGCAAUGUGGGAUGGUUUAAUGAGAAGCUCUAUACUAUGUUGCAGGAAUAUUUUAAGUAUACAGUACAGUACUUUUGUUUGAACUCUUUGAGGACAAGAUUGUAUAUUUUAAUGUGUUUUUCAUAUAAUGUAUUUAUAUAUAAAAGUGUUGUUAUCUUUAAUUUGGAUGCCACUAAAGUUUUUUUUUUUUUAUUGCUGCUAUUUUUGUAUAAGGGUUGAUUAAAGUGGCAGAUCACUAAGCUGUACUAUGUCAGAUCCUGAACCUGUACAAAUAAAUGAGUGAAAUUUGACAACUGUUUGGACCAAGAUCAAUUAAAGACCUCAGAAAGUA